AUAUCUAUCCAUUUUUGUCCUCCUUAACACGUCCCAAAUUACUAUCCACUGUGUAUCAUUGUAUGUAUCUAUAUAUUUAUUCACAGGUGCAUUUACAUCUCUAAAUUUGAGUAGCACUACUACUAUACAUAUUUAUCAAGUAUUAAUGUUAUCAAGCUGUUUUCUUCGCCUAACCCAAUGCCAGUGCGGUGCCCCCAAUAAACCUAGAGAGAGAAAUGGGGGUCAACAGAAGGACGUGCUGUAGUUGAACUGAAGCCAAGCCCUAGAUCUAUAGUAGAUCUCAGAAUUCUAUAGAUUUAUUGUCAUGGAAGUAAACGGGCUUAUUCUUCUUCGCAAGUGUCGUGUAGUGAUGGGUCAAUCUCAGCGUGGAAGCGAAGGAAACCAUGGAGUGCGGGUUGGUGCGAUCUAGAAUAUAUGUUUAAGUAUUCCAAAAGGCCAAAAGGUUCGACUUCAUUAGUCGCUUCAUAAUUUUUGUGAUUUAGUUCGCUAAUUAUCCUCUAAUCAAGUUUAGAAUUUGAUUUUUUUUUUUUUUUUAAGUACUUGGAAGUUUGAUCUGGUUGAGGUAGAACUGAGGCCGAUCACUUUGGUGGUUGUUCUCAAUUUGAAGAUAGAAUGUCAGCUAUAUGAUUGAUUGAUUAUAUAUGUAUAUGCAAUAUGGAUUGUUUGGAUUGUGAAGUUUUUAAAUAAUAUUGGGAUUUAUUGAUUGAUUGAUCGAAGAAGUCAUGGAUCAUGAAACGCAUGACCAAGAACGAAUCAGUGAGUCUGUGGACUCAGUUGAUUCAGUUAAUUCAGGGGCCGGUGAGAAUUCAAAGAUUUUGGUUGAUGGGGUUGUGUCUGAAACUGUAGUUGUGAUAAAAUCCGACGAGGAAGAGGCCUCGUGCGUCGGUAGAGAAAAUGGAGAUUUGAUUGUGAAGGCAAAUGUUCCGGGAUCGAGUAAGGUAUCAGUGGAGGAGCCAAAGAUAAAGGUUUUACCUGAGGAGAAGCAUUCCUGUGUGAUUGAUGUGAAAUGUGGAGGUGGAGCACUUGGUGAGAAUUUGGAUGGGGAGAGGGUUUGUAGGAUAUGCCAUUUGAGCUCUGAUCAAUCAUCAGAAACUACUACUGCUACUGUGACAGUGAUUUUAAUUCAUCUUGGUUGUGGUUGUAAAGAUGAGCUUGGAAUUGCACAUUCUCAUUGCGCAGAGGCCUGGUUUACCCUAAAAGGGAAUAGAAUGUGUGAAAUUUGUGGCGAGACUGCAAAAAACGUUACAGGUGUUGGGGAUAACAGAUUCAUGGAAGAGUGGAAUGAAAGAUCUGCUGGUAGUGGUACUAAUGCGUCAGAAAGGGGUGGAGGUUGUUGGCGAGGACAACCAUUUUGUAAUUUCUUGAUGGCAUGCCUGGUAAUAGCAUUUGUGUUGCCAUGGUUUUUUCGCGUAAAUAUGUUUUAACUGAAGCAAAUGAAUUGAAAGAUAUUUACCAUUCAUCAUCAUUUUUCAUGCCUACUUCUGUAUGCUGAUGCAUAAUGUUGAUUGUUGGGUGUCGUCGGAUGCUUAAAGGAAGUCCAAUUGUAAUAUCGCUCAGCCAUUCCCUAAAGAAGUUACACAGGCGCGAUCCGUAUUCCUCAGCCAUGAAGAUCCAAGGGUUCAACUAUUAAAAGUUAGGCUGGCUGUGAUAGUGUAGGCAGUCUAUCUUUUUUAUAUUCUGCCUUGCAGUUGGCAUAUGGCAUAGGUUCCAAACUAUAGGUUCCAAAUGAUUGUUAGGCCGAGUCGGUGAGUGAGUUUCUCUUCUUCCCUUAGUUUUCAAUCCUUAGGUUAUUCUCAGUUUGGCAUGCCAUUGUUGUUCUGAGAGUCUCCCUGUACAAAUGGAAGUUGCUACGGAUUCAUUCAAUAUUUAUGUUUAGUGAAAUAAGCAUCUUAAAUUUUUGUUUC